AUGGAGAACAGAGAGCAGAGAGAGGGGAAGAGGAAAAGAGAUGAUCGAGCAUGGGUUCUGACGAGCGAUGUGAAGCUAGAACCAGCAUACACACCACUUAAGAUGGUGAAGCCCGCCAACGAACACAAUAAAAACAAGUAUUACAGGUUUCAUCAAGAUUAUGGACACAAUACUGAAGAGUGUAGACAGUUGAAAGAUGAGAUAGAAACUUUGAUCCAAAGAGGUCGAUUGAACAAAUUUGUAAAGAGAGUGGGAGGAAGCAACAAGCAAGAGAGCCGAGAGCAAAAGGUGGAAGGCAAAGUAAAAUUAUCUAUCCGGGGAGAAGAGAGUCUGGGCAUCCGAACACGACAUUUAGAGAAUCAACCACUUAGGGAGAUUGCAACCAUCUUUGGAGGCCCCAGGUUAAGAGGAGAAUCCUCAAACUCAAGGAAAAAUCAUGUAUGGACUGUAUGUUUGAUAGAAGCAGCGAGCAAGAUAAGAAAGGCCGAGCAUCAGAUAACUUUUUCAGAUGAGAAUCUGGCGGACAUACAGUCGCCGCAUGAUGAUGCAUUAGUGGUAAAGAUGAUCGUCGCUAAUUGCUCGGUGGCUCGUAUCUUGGUGGACAAUGGGAGUUCAGUAAACAUCCUGUAUUUUGAUGCAUUCUUGAAGAUGCAAUUAACUUUGGAGAUGCUAAAAAGGAUAGAUUCACCCCUAUAUGGAUUCAAUGGAGCUCCUAUGCAAGUAGAAGGGUCCAUUGAACUUCUGGUCACAGUGGGAACGGAGCCCCAACUAUCCACAGUCAUGAAGAAUUUUCUGGUGGUAAAUGUUAACUCUACUUACAAUGAAAUCCUCGGUAGACCAGGUUUGAAUGCCUUGCAGGCCAUAGUCUCCACCCCACAUCUCGUGAUGAAAUUUCCAAUGGAGAAUGGUGUAGGAGAAUGUAGGGGAAGCCAGAAGGCGUCACGUAAAUGCUACGAAACAUGCCUGAGAGUUAAGGGGAAAGAGCCAUAG